AUGGAGGAUGCAGAGAUUGUUUUCGCUCAGAAGUUGGCUUCUGGAGAGCCGGUGACUCGUAAAAGAGCACUGAGAACACUGCAUGAUUGGAUACGAAAAGAAUCUGCAAGCAAAGGUUCCUAA